GCUGCUGCCCUGCUGCGGCUGGAGAGGGAGUUUGACAGCAGCUGUGCUAUUGGAGACAAACAAGGACGUGUGUUAGGGGAUUUUUUUUACCUUCUUGUUCCCCCACCCCCUGGUCAUAGCUUUGACAGUCUCAUAGGCUGACGAGUUUCUCGGCGAUAUGGCAGCUUCGGUCUGGACUGUUCAAUGCAAGUCUGAUGAGUGAGUCAGUCGCUGGCCCUGUCCGCCAUAAUGGUAGACAUGGAGAGCCACUACUGCCCCCCGUCUCCCCUGGAGGAGUCGGUGCUGGGCAGCCCACUGUGUGGGGACUUCAUCGGCAGCAUAGAGGACCUGCAGGACAUCUCCCAGUCCAUUGAUGAUGACGCCCUCAGCUCCUUCGACGUGCCCGAGUACCAGUCUUCCAGUCUGGGCUCCGGCUCUGAGAGCUCCACCAUGCUGGACGCCCUGACGCCGGCGUCCAGUCCAUCCUCAGGUGUGUAUGGAACGGUCCCCGGGCAAGAGGAGUUCUCCUCGACCUCGCUGAACCUGGAGUGUCGCGUGUGUGCCGACCGCGCCUCGGGAUACCACUACGGCGUCCACGCCUGUGAGGGCUGUAAGGGUUUCUUCAGGAGAACCAUUCGCCUCAAGCUGGAGUACGAAAAGUGUGAGCGGCACUGCAAGAUCCAGAAGAAGAACCGAAACAAGUGCCAAUACUGCCGCUUCCAGAAGUGCCUGUCCGUGGGCAUGUCCCACAAUGCUAUCCGUUUCGGCCGGAUGCCCCAGUCGGAGAAGCUGAAGCUGAAAGCGGAGAUUCUGACGGGGGACCGGGAUGUGGGGGAUCCGCGGGUGGCUGACCAGAAGACGCUGGCUAAGCAGAUCUACGAGGCCUACCUGAAGAACUUCAACAUGAACAAGUCCAAAGCAAGAACCAUUCUCACGGGCAAGACCAGCACACCGCCCUUUGUCAUCCAUGACAUGGAGACGCUGCAGCUAGCUGAGAAGACGCUGGUGGCCAAGAUGGUGGGCUCGGCCGCGGGCAGUCUCCAGCACAAAGAGGCCGAGGUGCGCAUCUUCCACUGCUGCCAGUGCACCUCCGUGGAGACGGUCACUGAGCUGACCGAGUUCGCCAAGUGCGUGCCGGGCUUCUCGGGCCUGGACCUGAACGACCAGGUGACACUGCUCAAGUACGGCGUGUACGAGGCGCUCUUCGCCAUGCUGGCCUCGUGCAUGAACAAGGACGGGCUGCUGGUGGCCUACGGCAGCGGCUUCAUCACGCGCGAGUUCCUCAAGAGCCUGCGCCGGCCCUUCAGCGACAUGAUGGAGCCCAAGUUCCAGUUCGCCAUGAAGUUCAACGCGCUGGAGCUGGACGACAGUGACCUGGCCCUGUUUGUGGCCGCCAUCAUCUGCUGCGGAGACCGGCCGGGCCUGGUGAACGUUGCGCACAUCGAGCGCAUGCAGGAGGGCAUCGUCCACGUGCUACGACUCCACCUGCUGGCCAACCACCCGGACGACGCCUUCCUCUUUCCCAGGCUGCUGCAGAAGCUGGCCGACCUGAGGCAGCUGGUGACGGAGCACGCGCAGCUGGUGCAGGAGAUGAAGAAGACGGAGGACAUGUCGCUGCACCCCCUCCUGCAGGAGAUCUACAGGGACAUGUACUGAGGAGGAGGACCCCCAACACCCCCAUGUCAUCCUCUUUAGCAGGCUUGCGCUGUGAUACUCCAAGCAUGUGUGUGUGUGUGUGUGUGUGUGAGAGAGAGAAUGUGUGUGUGUGUGUGUUU